AUGAAUACUCUCCUCCGCCCUGCGUCAAGAAUAACGUGGCUAAUCGGGACGCGCCAUGGGGUAAAGAAGAAAGGGACUUUUCCAACUCUACGCAACGGAGUCGCUUGGGAAAUCCCAAGAGGGAAAAGGGAACGGGAGAGGAAAAGAAAAACAGACGAACGGACAAAAAAAACAGUUAAAGUUAGCCUCCAUUUAGACCGAAAAAAUGUUAACACCAUGAACUUGAUAAGUUCUAUAGGGGAUAACAAGAAGUUGUUACUGUAUGCAUUAUGCCAGGCGUAUAAAAAAGGAGAAAAGAAAUUGGGUGGAAAAAAACUGGAUGACCUGAUUGAAGCUUUGUGUGAAAAGGUAAUCACGAAAGAGGGGGGUCUACACCUGAGGGAGAAAUUGCUCUACCUUAGCUGUAUCCCCUCGAAGAGCUAUGCUGAGAGGAUUACCCUGACGAGAGGCGAUCUGAAGGAUGGACGGAUACCACCCCCAGGGAGAAGCGGUUCAGCCAGCCACGCGGGCAGACAAAACAUGCAGAAAAAACUCAUCGAAUGGAUAGAUCAUAAGAACGCAUUUAACUACUACUGUACAGUUUUAAAAAAGAGGAAAAACAACAGCCUGGAUGAUAACGAAAUAGACGAAGAUGUCACCAACUUUUUUCUCAAAAAAUUAAACGCUCCUUUAGUGAGUACAAUUUCCUUGUACCUGCAGAAUGUUGCGUACCUGAACAGCAAGGUAACCAUUCGAACCAACAGCUUGUACCUCCUAAUGACGUUUAUGCUAAAGUAUGUAAAGCAUAAAACGAAUAGGCGCAUAUCCGUGGUGCGCCUAUGUAAGCACACCGAAUUGCUAACCUCAGUAAUAAAUGCAGCGAAGAUUAAAAUUGAGAAAAAUAAUAGGGACGCGGAAAAGGAUGUGGACAUGCUAAAUAAGCUCAAAAUGAUGAACAAGAAUGAAUAUCCCCUGGACACUUCUUCCUUUGUUAACAUGUGUUGGGAGGGCGUGGGCACACGGGGCAAUGCUGAGCUUGCCUCCUCUUUGGGAAACAACUUGGCCUACAUUACUGGCCACUUUUACCACUAUUUUAAUAUAUACGAAUUUGAGUGUCAGAGGGAGGGGUGGCCGGCAGGGGAAAGCCACUCCAAAGAAACCAUAAACAUAGGCGAAGUGAACGUACGUAACGAGGAGGAAGUCCCACCCGGAAAACUCAGCAUCCUUUCGAGGGCAACAGAUGAUAAUGAUGUGAUGACCAGGCAAAUCAUCUACAUGAUCUACUUCCUAAACAACGCUCUAGUUUGCUCCCUAAACAAGUUAAUAAAAAAGUAUAAAAAGGGAAGUUCAACUGGAGGAACCUCAAUCAAUGAAACUUCUAGUGGGUGUUUUCCACCCCACAUGGAAGGAGAAACGAUACGCAUAAUUACCAAUUACAUGUUCACAUGUCUACCUUACAACAUUUUCUGUAAGACGCUUUUUAACAAAUUGGAGGAACUCCUCAUUCAUAUGGGUGCACUGGAAAAAACGUUAUCACAUUUUUUGUUGACUCCAUCUACCCUGGUCCAGUUCAUGCACCUGAUGAGCAUACAAUACAAUGGCGUUCACGUGGAUGACGGUGUCAAUUCCUUUUUGUGGAAAAAUUGCCUGACUGAAAUAUUCUCCAAUGAUUGCAAGAUUUUAAGCAAAAAGGAUAAAAUUUUACUGUACAUAAGUAUAUCUAAAAUUUUCUUUUCGAAGAAAAAGAAGACUUAUCUGUUCAAAUUGAACUCCAUUUUGUUCCCCGAGUUGGUAAAUUUUACUUACCGAGAUUUGUACACCUUGGUUUAUUCUAUUAGCUGCUCCAAGUUUUGUGAUUUGCCAUUUUUUGAGGCCCUUCUGAGGAAUAUUCACAAAUUGAGGCAGAAGUAUUCCACCCGGAAGUUAUGGACCAUUUUGUCCAUUUUCCAGCCCUUCGAUCUGAACAUGUCCAUUUUUAAUAUGCUCCUCAGUUACGCCAACUGUGACGGCAAUGAACAGAAGAGGGAGAAAAAGAAAGAAGAGUUGGAUGAGCCUUUCGAGCAGCACACCACCAACGAAGAUGCUAAGAAGUUGGAAGAAGAUUUGGAGAACAAAGAGAGAAUCCUAAAAGAGUUGGCCGCACACAUUAGGGAGAAUCACAGCGGGGACAGUUUCUCAUUUAGCGAGUCAGAUAUGCUGGAGCUCCAUUCUGAGGAUAACGCUUUAAGGUGCGAAGGGCCUGGCGAUGCAAUCCUCCUGCCCGAUGACGAGACCACAAAGCGAAACGCCCAAACGAAGGAGGGUAAAAAAAAGACGAAGAUGCGCACCAAAAUGUGCAAGCCAAAUUGGACGUGUCAGGAGACGAAG